AUGCUGCGGUUCCGUGGCCAGACGUCGGUGGUGCCCCCUUCUCGGCUGAACACCGCCGCCACCAGCUACGCCUCGCGGCCAAUGACUGCAGUGCGUGGGGCAGGAUACAUUUCGGCCACAAUGCAAGGUCCGGUGGGUAGCGUGUUCGAUCCUCUGGCCCAGGCCAAGUCAUCGGCGCCAUCUUUCAGCAGCUCAAAAGAAAGCGCUAGCCCCGAGGAGAGGCAGAAGCAGCUGGAAAGCGCUGUCAUGGAGCUGGUGGAGCAGAGCUCCAUCUCCGCUUCGAAGCAGCAAUGGAAACUGGCCCUGGACCAGGCUAAGGAAGCUGUGGCCAAGGAGAGGAACCUGUCACGACAGCGAGAGCAGGCAGCCUCCGAGGUGCCGCCGAACCUGGACCUUAUGUACUGCGCGCUGUUCAAUCUUGCUGUGCAAUACACGAACAACCAAAUGUACACCGAGGCUCUCAGCACGUACCAGCUCAUUGUCAAAAACAAGGCAUUCUCGAACGCAGGUCGCUUAAAAGUGAACAUGGGCGACAUCUACUUCUACCAAGGAAACUACUCCAAGGCCAUCAAGUUCUUUCGUAUGGCACUGGAUCAGGUGCCGAACACUCACAAGGACAUGAGGUUAAAAAUCAUGAAGAACAUCGCAUUAGCCUUCGUGCGUAUGGGACACCUGGUGGAUGCUGUCACCUCGCUCGAGUACAUUAUGGCCGAACGGGCAGACUUCCGCACGGCGCUGCACCUGGUGGUGUGUCAGUAUCACCUCGCCGCCGGCUCGGCAGCCGGAGGCGGCCACGACAAGGUUCGCCGCAGCUUUCUCAAACUACUUGACGUGGCCCCGGAGCAGAUCGACGACAAGUACGAGCCGUCCCAGGGUGACCCAGCCGAAAUGCUUUACUAUGAGGAGAUCAAGAAUGACUCACUGCAACAGAUCGAGCGAGAGAGAAGACACGAGGCCGAAUGGUGCAUAUCUACAGCCGCCAAGCUCAUCGCUCCUGUUAUCAGCAGUUCGUUUUCAGAAGGUUACGAGUGGUGCCUGGAACAGAUAAAAUCAUCGGCCUAUGCGUACAUCGCCAAUGAUCUGGAAAUUAGCAAAGCUGUCGCUUACCUGAGGAAACGGGAAUUCAAUCAGGCAAUCGAAACCCUCAAGGCCUUCGAGAAAAAGGACACCAAGGUUGCCAGCACUGCGGCCACAAACCUUUCGUUCCUGUACUACCUGCAAAAUGAGCUGUCUCAAGCGGACAAGUACGCAGACCACGCCGUCCAAGCGGACAGAUACAACGCAGCAGCUCUAGUGAACAAAGGCAACUGCUGCUUCGCCAACAAUGACUUGGACCGCGCGGUCCAGUACUAUCGUGAGGCCCUGACCACAGAGGCCAGCUGCGUCGAGGCCCUGUACAAUCAAGGACUUGCCUAUCAAAAGCUUGGGUCACUGGAGGAGGCUUUGGACUGUUUCUUCAAGCUCAGGGCCAUUGUGAAAACUAUCCCACAAGCCCUGUACCAGAUCGGCCGGACCUAUGAACUGCAGGGAAAUAUGGAUGAAGCGCUUGAAUGGUACCAGCAGUUGGCGACGUUAGUGCCUACAGACCCAAAUCUGCUGUCGAAGAUUGGAGACAUUUACGACUCGCAAGGGGAGAAGCAGUUAGCUUUCCAAUACCAGUCGGACUCUUACAGAUACUUCCCAUCGAACAUCGACAUCAUCGACUGGCUGGGGGCAUACUACAUCGAAUCUCAGCUUUACGAGAAGGCCAUCAAGUACUUCGAAAAGGCGGCAAUUAUUCAGCCCAGCCAGGUUAAGUGGCCUCUUCUGGUGGCCAGUUGCCAUAACAAGAGUGGGAACUACCAGAAAGCACUCGCCACCUACAGGAGCUUGCAUCGGAGGUUUCCAGAGAACGUCGAAUGCCUGCGCUUUCUGGUGAGACUGACUAACGAUCUCGGCCUGAGCGAAUCUGCAGACUAUGCGGCAAAGCUGAAGAAGGCUGAGAAGGCGAAGGAGAUGAAGGAGCAGCGCACAAGCAGCAGUGGAAGCAGGAGCGGCAGUCAUCGAAGCAGCGGCCGCCUAUCCAGGGAUGGUUCUGCCAGCAGCAGUACUAGCGUCCAGUCGGAGCCUGCGGUGACAAAAGCUCGAGCAUCCACUACCAGCGGCAGAGCUCGUGCCAAGAUACCACUGGUGGAAGCGGAAGAAACGUACCAGGCUUCACGUAGGGAUAUAGACGCCUCGUAUGAAGACCCCCUCGGCCCCUUGGAGGAGAGACCCCGCACAGCAGCGAGGACAAGGAACCAAGUAGAGGACGACUUUGACAAUGAGGAACUCGGCGAUGACAUGCUGCCCGAAUGAACUGAUGUAGAAUUGCUUACAAAGGGUGAAUGAAAAAUGGGAAUUUUGAGGACUCGUUUCUCUGUUUGAUGCACCCUAAUAAAAACUAACAUAUAAUUAAGCCAAGGAAGGUAAAGGGGACGUUAAUUGUACUGUCUGUUUGAGUGUAUUGUAGUAACUUUUAUAUAGAUGUGAAGAAUGUAAAGUGGACGAAAAGGAAACUUGUUGUCGGCAGAGACCGAACCUGCAACCUUCCGAUAACGAGCCCGACGCUCUACCAAUUGUGCUACGGGGGCGGUCGUUUUCUCGUCCACUUCAUCGGGUAUUUAUUAGCAUGGAAACGUCCGAGUUUUAGUCAGGGCCGCUCGUAGCCAUGACGACGAGUGUGGAACACUCUUUGUUUGCCAGCGGGCAUCAAGUAGCACGUAAUCUUUUAACGUGACAUCAUUUGUGAGAACAUCAAGAGCAUGACGUUAUGAAGA